AUGCCGCGCGCCAUUCGAGGCGUGCUCAUCGAGUGCGAUCCCUCGAUUAAGUCCAUCAUCAUGAACAUCAACGAGAGCGAGGCCAACGCAUACGUUAUCGAGGAUCUUGACGACUCCCACCUGGUUGUCCAGGAGAGCAAGGUGCAGGACCUGAAGCGAAGGCUCGACGACCAUCUCAAGGAGACCAUUCCGGAGAUCGAUAGAGACUCGGAUUCGGAUCGCGAUGUCAAGCAGGACAAGAAGGGCUGGUAG